AUGGACCAAUGGGAUCUCUGCUUUCCACAUCUAGCCAACACUUCCUGUGGGAAGCCCUCGUCUGAUUGGUCUGAAGGUGUUCUUUUGAGAGUCCUGCAGCCCAUCGUCUGCAUCCUUACUGUGCUGCUCAACCUGCUUGUCAUCAUCUCAAUCUCCCACUUCAGGCAGCUCCACACCCCCACCAACCUCCUCCUCCUCUCCCUCGCCGUCUCAGACUUGCUGGUGGGCUUGGUGGCGAUGCCAGGUGAGAUCUACAUGAGCACAUCCUGCUGGUUUCUCGGAGACAUUGCCUGUUCUCUGUGGAAUUACACGACUUUCACCGCAGGAUCCUCCUCGGUCGGAAACAUGGUGCUGAUAUCGGCCGACCGUUACGUGGCUAUUUGUCAUCCUCUGCAUUAUAACGUCAAAGUCACUGUGAAAAGAAUUCGAUCUUGUGUUUGUCUCUCUUGGGUGGCUGCUCUUCUACACUGUGCCAUCCUUUUAAAGGACCAAUUGGUUCAUCCUGGAAUGUACAACUCGUGCCGCGGAGAGUGCGUGAUCGGUUUUGAGGUUUACGCAGGCAUUCUGGACCUCGUCGUAAACUUUGUCCUUCCUCUCAGCAUCAUCUUCGUGCUGUACAUGAGAGUGUUUGUGGUCGCUGUUUCUCAGGCGCGAGCAAUGCGCGCUCAUGUUAAAUGCCUCAAAUUACAACAUUCUGCCCCUUUCAGAGCAAAGUCAUCCGAGUUGAAGGCGGCCAUGACUCUUGGUGUUCUCGUUCUUGUCUUUCUGGUGUGUUUCUGUCCGUACUACAUUGUCAGUCUGGUGGCUGAUAAAGAGAAUUUUGGUUCAUUGACGAAAUUUGUUCUUUAUUUGUAUGAUGUCAACUCGUGUCUGAACCCCUUAAUAUACGCCCUUUUUUACCCCUGGUUUAGAAAAGCUGUUAAGCACAUUGUCACUCUUCGGAUUCUGCAGCCUGCCUCCUGUGAGGCCAACGUUCUGCAGCUCCACACCCCCACCAACCUCCUCCUCCUCUCCCUCGCCGUCUCAGACUUGCUGGUGGGCUUGAUGGCGAUGCCAGAAUCCUCCUCGGUCGGAAACAUGGUGCUGAUAUCGGCCGACCGUUACGUGGCUAUUUGUCAUCCUCUGCAUUAUAACGUCAAAGUCACUGUGAAAAGAAUUCGAUCUUGUGUUUGUCUCUCUUGGGUGGCUGCUCUUCUACACUGCUGCAUCCUUUUAAAGGACCAACUGGUUCAUCCUGGAAUGUACAACUCGUGCCGCGGAGAGUGCGUGAUCGGUUUUGAGGUUUACGCAGGCAUUCUGGACCUCGUCGUAAACUUUGUCCUUCCUCUCAGCAUCAUCUUCUUGCUCUUUUCCAUGGACCAAUGGGAUCUCUGUUUUCCACAUCUGGCCAACACUUCCUGUGGGAAGCCCUCGUCUGAUUGGUCUGAAGGUGUUCUUUUGAGAGUCCUACAGCCCAUCGUCUGCAUCCUCACUGUGCUGCUCAACCUGCUUGUCAUCAUCUCAAUCUCCCACUUCAGGCAGCUCCACACCCCCACCAACCUCCUCCUCCUCUCCCUCGCCGUCUCAGACUUGCUGGUGGGCUGGAUGGCGAUGCCAGGUGAGAUCUACAUGAGCACAUCCUGCUGGUUUCUCGGUGACAUUGCCUGUUCUCUGUGGAGUUACACGACUUUCACCGCAGCAUCCUCCUCGGUCGGAAACAUGGUGCUGAUAUCGGCCGACCGUUACGUGGCUAUUUGUCAUCCUCUGCAUUAUAACGUCAAAGUCACUGUGAAAAGAAUUCAAUUUUGUGUUUGUCUCUCUUGGGUGGCUGCUCUUCUACACUGUGCCAUCCUUUUAAAGGACCAAUUGGUUCAUCCUGGAAUGUACAACUCGUGCCGCGGAGAGUGUGUGAUCGGUUUUGAGGUUUACGCAGGCAUUCUGGACCUCGUCGUAAGCUUUGUCCUUCCUCUCAGCAUCAUCUUCGUGCUGUACAUGAGAGUGUUUGUGGUCGCUGUUUCUCAGGCGCGAGCCAUGCGCGCUCAUGUUAAAUGCCUCAAAUUACAACAUUCUGCCCCUUUCAGAGCAAAGUCAUCCGAGUUGAAGGCGGCCAUGACUCUUGGUGUUCUCGUUCUUGUCUUUCUGGUGUGUUUCUGUCCAUACUACAUUGUCAGUCUGGUGGCUGAUAAUGAGAAUUUUGGUUCAUUGACAAAAUUUGUUCUUUGUUUGUAUGAUCUCAACUCGUGUGUGAACCCCUUAAUAUACGCCCUUUUUUACCCCUGGUUUAGAAAAGCUGUUAAGCACAUUGUCACUCUUCGGAUUCUGCAGCCUGCCUCCCGUGAGGCCAACAUACUGUAGACAGAGUGGUGAUGUGCUGAUGUUUUACCUGAAUGUUUCAUU